UUUUCUAUCUGUUUCAGUUUUUUGUUUACCCUGAGCUUGGUGUUGUAAAUGCCCCAUUGGGGCUGUUCCUCAGAAUAAUUAAGAUAUCUACAUCUUAUAAUGCCCCAAUUUUCGGGAUGCCCUCAAAAUCAUCAUUAAUUUCAUUGGUCUUCUCCUGGCAUUAAUAAAUUUUUAGUAGAUUCCCUGUUGAACACUGGUGUCAUGUGCCCUGACCAGAUCUGUCCACUUGACACAUCACACUUCCAAAAUUUCUCAAAAAAAUUGCAUUUGCCCAAGCAUUGGCAAUAUGGUACUCAUUUAAAAGGGCGCUGAAUCGAGAAUCUAAUGCUUUUUAGUGAAUGCAAGAUUUCAACUUUAUGGUAGAGAGUAAUAGCCAUUUGUUUGACAGCUGUGCAAAUUUAUGCUGAAAUUACAUGGGAAUAGGUAUAUUUGGUCAAUUUGAACCUAGUUUGAAUCAGGGAUGUGCUAGCACGAGUUUGAGUGGUUUCUAGAGGUUCGUAAUUCUCUCAAAUUCUUCUUGAGUCUCUCGAACCAUAUUCAGAGCAGAGGCCUAUGGGCCAUGAUUUAGGUAUUGCUGUCAAAAACUGAGACCUGAGUUUUCAUAUUGAUCUUACAUGCAUAAUAGGACACAUUUUGAUUGGACCACCUGGACCUGAUCAGAUGCAACCCAUAUAUGUAAUCAUAUCAGAAAACUAAAAAAAAUUUGCCUGGAUUUUGAUCAGAAAAAAUAGAGCCAAUCAAAGGAGAUACUCUUAUCAACAAACUAAAGAUAAGAAACCAAUGAUGGAUAUCGGGAGUUUGCCAAACAGAGGAAAAGGUGAUUUCAACAUAAAGGUUAUUUUAAGAUGCUUUGAUUUUGACUUUAUUUGGGAGCAGCAUGAGCAGCGUAAUUAGGAUAAAGUUGCCAUGUCUGAAGAAAAGCUGAAGCUGAUGGAGAAGUUGGACAACUAUACUGAGCAUAAUCUCUGAGUCUGGAAAGAUAAUUUGGAUCCCCUUGAUGGGGGCUUGGCAUUAGAUUCUUCUCAACAGCAGAGGUAUCACUGGAGAUAACACUGAAACUGAUCAAGUGAUAAUGAACUUAACUGCAUUUUUUGUUGUAGUUUAGGAAUACAAGACACACACAGAGAAUAGGUAUUCAAGUUAAGAAGAGAUUCAUACUGGAUAUGUAGUAUGGGUAGGCAAAAGAAGUGCAUUGCCUAAAAUUAUAUAUCAGAAUUAGCAAUAAGGUAUCAAAAAGAAAAAUUACCAAGAUCAUCUAUUACAUGAUUUAUGUCAUCGGUUUCUGUGGUUUAAUACUCAGAUGAAUUAUAAAAUCAUUAAAGAAUAAACACAAAAGAUUUCCGUACACAAUGUGUUAUACAAAUGAUCACAUGCAUAACUUUAUAUUAAGGAGUCACUGGAUGGAUAAUUGCGGCACAUGUAAGAGAUCAAAUGAAAAUGUUCGACUUGCUGAUUUUGUGAACAUUGCUUAUAUUGGUAAUAGCCAUUGUUCUGAAAACAUAGUCAUGAUGACUGCCACGGUGGUUACCAUGCUAAUUUUGGGCCUAAACCACCAUGCCUUGGUCCAUGGUCGCCUGGCAUGGCAGCCAGGUAUGGGGCAGCCUAUAUAGCGUGUAAAACCCGAUGUGGUGCUGCUGUAUCAGGUGAUAUAGCGGAUGCUUCCCGUAGUAAAAUGGGGAUCUCUUUUAAGUGAACCAGAUGGCUCAAUCGGUUGGCUUGAGGUCUAUUAUAAAAAGAUUAGUCUGUUCGACAAUGUGCAUCAGUUGUCUCUUUUCAAGCCCUAGUUAACAUACGGAAAUGGAGGAAGAAAAAGGGAAGGAGGAAGAAGGGGUUCUGCGACCGGUCAAUACCAGACCUCCAUUGUUGAUGUACAAGUAUUUUUUUUUUUUUAAUUUCUUCCUCUCUUUCCCCCUUAAAAAGUAACAAAUACUCUUCUUCGGAAUGGUAUGCCGUACUGGUUCGAAUUGGACGGUAUGGGGCAUACCGUACCGGUUCGGUAUUGGUAUUCGGUACGGAUGGCGUACUGAUAUUCGAUACGCCAAAAAAAUUUCGUACCAUACUAUACUGACACUGUGCCAGUAUUGCACCGGUACGGGGUCUGGUAUCAAGAUGGUGAACCUUGUUUCUUCCCUUUUGCUUACCUCCUCCCUCUCCUUAACCUUUAUGCGGACCAGAUUCUGAGCCAAAGCAGAGGAGGCAAGACAUCCUCACUUCUUUUUCCUUUUCUUGCCCAAAAACAUGCAGUGUCUGGUUUCAACUCAUUGUGGCAGCAGAUCAAAACUGUUUCAUUCCCCUGUUCCCUUCUGUUAUGGCAAAACAGAUAACAGCAGAUUGCGAAGUAAUCAGUCAUUGACUCUCAUAGUCUUGCACAUCAAAAUCACCCUCUAUUUUUCCCCUGUUUUUUUCUCUGCUUCAAUUUCUUUUUUCUUUCUUUUUCCCCCUUUCUCUGCUCAAUGCUGAUUCCCCCUCCUUCAUUCUCUUGUUUUCUGCUGAUUCCUAUCACCAGUGGGUCUGGUCACAAGCCCACGCUCAGAGGAAGUUAUAAAGAGGAGAGGGACAGAAAAGAUGAGGAAGGAGAUAGAAAAAAAGAGAAGAAACAGAGGACUUUAUGGAUUGGUCUUUUCAAAGUUUGCAUUUAGCUUGCUAUAUUUUAAGCUUUUAGCAUUUCUCUCUGCUAUUGUUUUAAUUUCGAUGGGAAAUACGACUACUUGGUUCAAAACAGUUACUGAACUCAAUAAUAAAAUUAAUAAAAGUUGUUCUAAAAUAAGUAACAGUUUAAUUUGUUAAUUACUAGUUUUACUACUUUGUCAUUGAAUGACUAAACCUUAAAUUAGAUGGUGAAAUGCUCAUAUAUUAUGCUUAUCGUUAAUUCCUUAUAUGCUGAUAUAACCAUUAUUUUUUUUUCCGGCACUUCUUAUCCUGUAUCAAUGUUCAAUAUGUUGUUCUUAUUUCUCGUUUCUUAUCCCACUAUAGUGCAUCGGAGAGCUACUUGUUUGAGUUGAUAGUGGGUCCUCACAUUGUAUGGAUGUAGACAUGAUGAUUUUUACAUUAAAUUAUGCAUCUCAACUUUCAUCUUUCAUAACUCUCUGAUAUUUCGUAGCUUCGUGAUUGAUAGUUCUUCUUGGCAUUUUUUGCAUCAGGCUCAUAUGAAAUAUUGGCUAGUUGAUACUUAGAAAAUAUUAAUGUCUUAAUAGCCUGCAUUGGGUAUAGAAUGUCCACCAUGGGUGCCCACCAUCUGCCUUCUAGAACUUGUUUGAUUUGCGGGAAGAGGAGGGAGGAAAGUGGGGUCAACAGGAAUAUGAAGAAAUACUUCAUGUUUGGUUGGAGUUUUCAAAUGAGAGAGAUGAAAAAAUAGUUUUCUUAUGGAAAUAAGAUUUCCACAUUUCAUAGAAAAGAAAAACUCAUGUGGGACAUGGAAAAAUUCAAUUUCCACUGGUUGGGAAUUGGGCUAAUCUUUUUUUAAAAGUGCCUUUAAGCUUUUAAAUAGAAUGGGGUAAGGUUUUUCCUUUUAUUAAGGGCAUAACAGGUAUUUUAUACAAUAUUUUCCGAAAAGUAGAUGCUCAACCAAAUAUAAGUCACUCUGAAAUGUGCUACUUUUUUAUGGUCAACCAAACAUAAAAAAAUCACUUUUUCAGGUAUCAUAUAUCCAGGCAUCAGCUUUCCAAAAAAAGCAUUCCAAUGAGAAACAAAUUUUUCCAUGAACCAAACGAGUUCUUAGUAUAUUGGUAAUAGCAUAAAAUAGGAAUUUGAUUGCUCUACCCAAUACCUGACAUGACCUGAUAGUGGAGAAAGAGGGUCCACUUGCCACAAUUUUGGAAGGAUGCCCUGACCAGUUAUGUCGCUAGAGGGCAAAAAAGCUGGUUUAAAAUGAUGAUAUUGACCAUUCAAUUUGAGGAUGAUUGUAAGUGUUUUACAUGCUAUAUGCUCAUGACAUCAGCUACUGCAGUGACCAAAAUAUUAUCAUCUAGAAACACAAUACCGUAAAAUUUUCAAGUUUGAGUUCGGUAGAAGAACAUUUAUAAAGCUUGAAAAGACAAUAUGUUGGUACUUCAUUCUUCUGCUAGUAAUAUCUAUGGAUAUAUGUCUAUAUAAAAGGAAGCUAGGGUGUCUUCACAUUUUGCUUAGCUAAUGGUAAAUCCUUGAUGGAGAUGAACGGAUGCUUUGGAGCUCUGAAAUGUUGUUCAGUGGAGACAAGUUUCUCCAUGCAACUCAUAGCAGUCUUGUCACUAUGACUAAGAAGGAACUUGGUCGGGUGUAGUAGUUUUUGUUUUCCCCGUGUGAGUUCAAUCAUGAGAAUAUCUUGUAACUGGUAUGAUUUUUUCUUUAAUUCUGACUUUCUUCAGUCCUGAAGUAUGUACCAAGUUUACAAUGCCAUGCAUUCCAACUCUCAACCUUUUUAUAAAAAUAUUUUUUCUUUUAUUCUUUUCUCAAACUUGCAAGAUCCAGAUAUGCAAAUUUGUGGUUGAGAUCCUGCAAUUAUCAUCUUUUGAAAAUCUUACUUCUGGUGGGUUGCAGCCGUCUGCUGCUAGUUUAUUUUUUCCAUGUUCUCUAUAUUUAUACACCCAUUAUGGUACACCAUUGAUAUGGUAAAACACUGCAUAAAACCAAACCAACUUUCACUUUAGUAUGACAGCAUAUCGCCAUACUUGUCUGUGUAAUCACAAUCCUGUGGCUCUUAAGCAAUCACCAUUGUUAAUGGUUGGUACAAUUUUGUUCCUCACCACUAUUCUUAUCGGCAAGUAGCAUGGGAUGUUAUAUAGCUAAAAUAAUCCAGUUUCUCUUAAUGAUUUUCCAGUUUAUUGGUUCUUUGUCUUGUUUCAGUGCUUUUCUCUUUGACAUUCUUGUCAAAGCUCUCUAAAAUUGUGAUUCAAGUCACCUGAUGGUGCGAAUGCAUACUUAUCCCAAAAAUGUCAUGUUUUACUAAAACUAUAUUUCUUAUGUGCUGACGUUACAUUCUUCCUAGUUUUAUUGCUGUUAAGCUUUCUAAUGUGUAAAUAGAAUUUUUUUCUCUUUUGUCAUAACUCAUCAUAGCAAGUAUCAUACACUAUAUAGCAAGGUUUGCCAUCUUGGUACCAGAUCUUGUACUAGUACCAUCAUAUUACAGUGUUGGCAUGCGGCAUGGUACGAAACGGCGAGACGUACUGAGUAUUGGUACGGUACAAGACUACAUACAGAUUCAGUACCAGUACGGGUAUGGUACAUCCGGUACGGUAUAGUACCGACUGGUUCUUAUGCUGGAUAGCUACCAUGGACUAUGGUAUAGAUAUCGGAUCCUCUAGUUUUCCCACAAAAUGCAAGUUGAGCAGCAGAACUGUUUCAUUAAAGUCAUCAUACAAAACUGCUCAGCUUCGACUCCUUAGCCGCCACCCUGAGGUGUAUGAGCCAUGUGACGACUCAUUUGCCCUAGUGGAUGCUCUCCUAGCUGAUAGAGCAAAUUUGUUGCAGCACAAGCCAAGGUUAUGCAUGGAAGUGGGCUGCGGGAGUGGCUAUGUCAUCACAUCUUUGGCCCUCAUGCUUGGGGAAGAAAACUUUGGAGUCCAUUAUUUUGCAACUGACAUCAACCCACAUGCUGUGGAGGUGACUCGUGCGGCACUUGAAGCUCACGGUGUACAUGCAGAGAUCAUCACCACAAAUAUUGCUUCCGGGCUUCACAAACGCCUUGCUGGUAUGAUAGAUGUGGUGGUGGUUAAUCCUCCUUAUGUGCCAACACCUGAAGAAGAAGUUGGCUGUGAUGGGAUAACUGCUUCUUGGGCUGGAGGAGAGAAUGGACGCAAGGUGAUAGACAGGAUCCUUCCUGUUGUAGAUGAGCUGCUUUCAGGUGACGGUUGGCUUUAUAUGGUCACCCUCACAGCCAACAAUCCUUCCCAGAUUUGCCGUUCAAUGAGAGAAAAGGGGUAUGCAUCUCGAAUCAUUGUCCAGAGGUCGACUGAGGAGGAGAGCCUCCAUGUUAUCAAGUUUUGGCGUGAAGAUAUUGCAGAGAUGGAGGGGGCCAGAGCUGUUGCAUCGGGAUCUGAGUCGUGGUUAUCGCAAUUUCCUCUUAGAUCCUUCUGGCGUGGUAAUAAUGGGAGAAGUGGCUGAAUUGAGGAUAAUGAAUUCAUGGACCUCUAAACUUGGUAUCUGUAGUUACCAGAUACAUAUGAAGCACUGCUUGGAUGCACUGUAAAUUGAAUGGUCUCAGUGAAUCUAGUAAAUUCAGUACGUGAUUAAAUUUGUCACCAUUUCAGUUUCAGCUUCAGUUUGAGUGUACUAUGUAUUUAAGCUUGCUACCAGGUAUAUGUGAAGUAUUUUUUGGACACAUUGUUAACUGAGCAGCCUCAAUGUGUCAGUGAACCAUAGACUCUUGUGAAUUCUGGAGGUAUCUGAGUUUGUUACCGUUUCAGUUUCUAUUUUAGAUUGAGUGUAAUAUGGCCGUGUAAAUGUUCUGAUGUUGUACGUUUCUCUUUCAGUUCAAUGGAUUUCAAUUCAAUUGAGAUAA